UUUAAGAAAAAACUAAAUCAAGGAAGAGAUUCUGCAGCUCUAGUUUGGCACGUUUUGGGGGGGUUCUCAAACCGAGGACAUAGACGGGAAAAUAAACACAAAAUUGGGCACAUUUUAACUGUUUUGCUUGCCCUGUAGGAAGUAUAUGAGAGAGCAGUCAUGGAGUCGGCCAUUCAGACUAUAGUUGGUGUCUUCCUGAAGUCAGCCAAGGGAAAGGAGAGUUUGGGAGGGAAUGACUUCCAGAAGCUGGUGAAGAGCCAACUCCACAACAUCAUGAUGGACACGGACAGCUCCGAGGCGGUGAAGAAAAUGCGACAGGGCCUGGACUCCAACCAGGACGGUAAAGUCAACUUCGAGGAGUACAUGGACCUGGUGGGCUACCUGGCAACCUCCCUGAGUGUGCAAUGUACUGCCGCCGUGGAGACGCCAGCCGAGAGCGCUGCCACCGCACCGGAGAUCGGGAGUACGCCAGCAGACGUAGAGGAAGAGAAGACAGAAGCGGAGGCACAGCCAGAGGCAGCCACAGCUGUAGAGGAAGAGAAGGUUGAAGUGGUAGAAAAGGUGGAAGAGGCGGAAAAUGUGGAGGAGCCAGCAGCAGCCGGGGAGAAGAUAGAGGAGGAGGCGUCAUAGGAGUUUACUACCGGUCCUGUCCGGACAUUACAAUUACACACCAACACCAAACUGAUAUACACCACACUACCCUAAUACACACUACAGUACACUAUUACAACCCACCCUUGAAACAGGUGUGCUGCAAUAAUACCACGACAUUACAGUAUAUGUUGGAACCCCACAAUAACACAUUUAUUUUCAUACACACAUACAUACACCCAGUAUUUGGUCCUAAAAUACACUAGUACACACUUCAACAUACUAUAAACCUCAAUCCAUACUUUCUUGAUAUACAGUAUACUUAGUAUUACUAACAUACAUUACACUAUAAUUACUUACAUUACAGCAGUACAUGCCAUUAUAUGUUGAUAUACUUCCCACUAUAUAGCACACUAGCUCAUUAUAUGGAUAUUUAAUACAUUCUGCCAUUGAUUGACAUGUGACAUUUUGACACACCCUCUGAAAUGUUGGCACAUUUCCACACAUGGAGAACUCAAUGACCUUGACCUACACUGACACACAUGCUACUAUGUGUGUCAUUGUAUGAUGCAAUACUAAAUUGAGUUAUAUUUGCAUUCCUUCGCUCUCCCUUUGCAUAUCUACAAUGACGUAAUGCAAAACUAUACUACAGUACAUUCCACAAUGUACAGUCAAGUCAGGCCAUCUCAACACGUUCUUCUGAGAAGGAUGCUUGGCUUAAUGGCUUUGCAUGAUGCAAGUAAGCACAGAUGCAUGGAUGCAUGCCAUAUUCUACACAGCAAAUUCUCUAGUGUUAAAUCAACACUGACAGUGUUACAUUUAACACGGGUCCAGUGUCUAUACGGUCCACACUGUCAGUGUUCAAUUAACACACUGCUUAGUGUAAAGCCUUAUUUGCAUAUUUCCCAGAUUGCCUUGCCUUUCAAGUGAAGUGCAGAGUUACCACCCAUGACAGUAUUUGUUCCUGACAGAAACAUGGUUGUUGCAUUCAUCAGUUUUAAGUCCUGUGGCCUUCACCAAAGUGAAGUCCUAAGUGAAUAUGUUCUCAUUAAAAUUUAAUUAUUUAACACAAUACAACAUGUAUUUCACAAGGCCUUAGUUUUACCCUAAUACAGUAACCUGAAACUCAUGGUUUACAGGCCACAUCAGGCCUGCAAGCAACAUUAUACUUGCUUGGGGAUAUCAAACAUCAACCACAACUUUUAUUCAGAUUGACUGCCGGGUUGAGAAGAUUACCAUCUUUUUUUAUUCCCUUUUCUCCCCAAUUUCGUGGUAUCCAAUUGGUAGUUACAAUCUUGUCCCAUUGCUGCAACUCCCGUACGGACUCGGGAGAGGCGAAGGUCGAGAGCCGUGUGUCCUCCAAAGCACAACCCAGCCAAGCCGCACUGCUUCUUGACACAAUGCCCGCUCAACCCAGAAGCCAGCCACACCAAUGUGUAAGAGGAAAUGCCGUACACCUGGCAACUGUGUCAGUGUACACUGCGCCCAGCCCACCACAGGAGUCGCUCGUGCACAAUGGGACAAAUGGGACAAACGGCCAAUUGUGCACCACCCCAUGGGUCUCCCGGUCACAGCCAGAGCCUGGUCUCGAACCAGGAUCUCUAGUGGCAGUGCCUUAGACCACUGUGCCACUCGGGAGGCCCGACCUAAACCAUCUUAACUGGAACAACCAUUUCAGUAACAGAUGCGAGAGUCCCAAGUAACAGAUUGGAUUACAUGCAAAAAACAUAUACAGUACCAGUCAAAAGUUUGAACACACCUACUCAUUCAAGGGUUUUUCUUGAUUUGUACUAUUUUCUACAUUGUUGAAUAAUAGUGAAUACAUCAAAACUAUGAAAUAACAAAUAU